AACUGUAGGAAAUCCGGGUUAGUGCUGGGCCUAUAUUUCCCAUAAUUGCAGAUAUGUCCCUCAUGAAUUUUCCCACAGGUGUUCCUGCUGUUUUCUAUGGUCGUGACUAUUUUUUCUGCAUCUGAAAAGCAAUUUGUACCACCACAUCUACCAAGGGAUGAGGAGGCAGAGACCGCCUCUUUGCUUCCAAAGCCAACAAAAGCACAUGUCGAAGCUGGUCCACGAAGACAUACUCACACCAGUCCCAGGGCACGAGUAAUGAAAAGUGAGAAACCCAAGACAGUCCUCCCGAAAAGGAGUGACAGUGGAGCAAAGGGCCGAGGCGACUGGGACUUUGAAAUGGUGGAUCUAGGCUCUGAAUUUUCUCCAAGGGGGUUUUCAGAGGCUGCUGAGAGAGAAAGUGGGAAAGAGUCCAGGGAGGAUAAGCUGGUCUCAGGGAUUCGUGGCAAAGUAGAUGGAUUUUUCUCAAAUUUGCUGGGAGGCCUGCGUAAUCUGACAACACCCAUGAGGAUGGUUUUACUGGUGACGGCAUUGAGUUGGGUGGCAUGGUUCCCUUUCUUAUUGUACUCUACAGAUUUCAUGGGCCGUGAGAUCUACGGAGGAGAGCCAAAGACGAAGGAUCACGACAAGUAUCUCAAGUAUGAGGAAGGAGUAGAGAAAGGAGCGCUCGGAUUACUCCUCAACUCGGUGGUUGGCGCUGGAACGGCAUUGAUGAUCGACCCGCUCUGUCGUCUAUUGGGGUCGGAAAGAAUCUGGGCCUUGAGUAACUUCAUCCAGUUUGCCUGCAUGACAGCAAUGGCGAGACUAUCAAUGUUAGCGCAAACAGUUGCUUCUGCAAAUGACAAUCACACUCUGGGCAACUGGAGCCAUUAUGCUUCCACUCUGAUCUUCGCCAUCCUCGGGGCUCCAUUUGCUAUAACACUAAGCAUUCCAUAUGCGCUGAUGGGGGAAUUCACUGCAGAGGAAGGUGGUGGACAAGGUCUGUCAAUGGGGAUUCUCAACUUGGCCAUCGUUCUUCCACAGGUUAGCGCUGUCUCCAUCUCUAGCUAUGUAUGGCUUACCUUCCCUUGCAACAUCUCCCUGGUCUGAUACCUCGGCCCUUGAACGGGAGUUAUCCGAUAACGGCAGUACACUAAGUUGAAUGUUCUCCUAUUCAAAUAAAAAUAUAAAAUAUUAGAAAUCACUUUGUGAGAAUCUCUCGUUUCGAUACAAAAUCUAAACAGUUAUCGAAGAACAAACCCUGAACUGAACG